GAGUCUGAGGCGAUUCCUGGGCGCGCUGGCCGCCGUGUACGCGUUGAACGAGGCUCUGGCGCUGCCUGGGGUGAUCGAGCACAUGAAGGAGGCGUGGGUGGCUCUCGUGACUUACCUGGCUUUGGCGAAGGCUGCCUUCGUGGAGAGCUCGGGCGUCGUGCAGGAGUGGAUGAGCUACCUCUUCGAGUGGGAGGAGUGGGCGCAGAAGCUGAUGCCCUUGCAGCGUCAGCUGGCCAUGGUCGUCGCGAUAGUGCCCCUCGCGGGCUGGGCUGCGCACGAGUGGUCCGACCACGCGGAGCCAGGAGAGUCCUCGAUCGGAUCAUCGUCGGCCUCGAGUGUGGACGUGGCCGUCGGCUACGCUUCGCCCAGGCCACAGCCCUCGCCGUCGCCCGCGCAGCCUUCUGCCGUGGACGCGGCCUGCGUCGCCCAGCUGAGCGACGUCGCCGAGCCCCCGAAGGCUAUGAUGGAAGAGAUCAGCGAGACGAGGACGGCGGAGCGGACCCGGGAGUUGCGUCGAGACGUGCUGGAUUCGCCCUUCGAGUCGCGCGAUCGUGCAGCGGGGGAGGCGAAUCGCCAGGUGAUCGAGCGCAUGACUGCUCGCUCGGACAAGUUCGAGGCCCGCUUGCAGGGGGGGCCCCAGCCGAGGCCGAUCUCGAUGGUGACGCCGGAGAAGAGAGCGGCGCUCAGCGCCCCGGAGGCGGCGGCGCUGGCCAUCAAGUGGAUGCCGUUCACGGCCCAGCUGCCGCAGCAUGUGUUCAUGGAGCAGUUGGAGGGCUAUCAAGAUCCCCGCCGAUGA